CUCCUCAGCAUCACCAGGCGAAGGCGGGGAGCGGGGGCUGAUGCUGGGCUCCGAAACAGCCUCGGCGGAAGGGAAAAUGGAUCCAGCCUGCCCAGCCCUCCUCGCCGUUCAGCAUCUUCCCUCCGUCGCAGCCUGGUGAGCAUCAGCCAGAGAAUUCCAAAAAUUGCUGAUGAAGGGGUCUUUUGGAGUGCUGCACAGUAGGUGCUGAAACCAGUUGGAUGGAAAGAAAUAAACCAUGGCCGUUCCAGUCUGAAAAAGAAUCAUCCCGCAUCAAGUUACAGUAGCCAGCGGCCAUGUCAAAAAAAGGACGCAGCAAGGCUGAAAAGCCUGAGGUCUUGAUAAUGUCUUUACAAGCUGCUAAUGAAGACCUCAGGACCAAGCUAACAGACAUUCAAAUUGAGCUUCAUCAAGAGAAGUCAAAGGUCACUAGACUAGAAAGGGAAAAAACCCAAGAAACAAAAAGGAUCCGGGAGCUGGAGCAGCGCAAGCAGACGGUGCAGAUCACUGAACUGAAAGCCAAGCUCCAUGAGGAGAAGAUGAAGGAGCUUCAGGCUGUGCGGGAAAACCUCAUCAAACAGCACGAGCAGGAAAUGGCACGGAUCAUGAAAAUCAGAGACAGUGAGAUCCAGAGGCUGAAGUCGGCGCUGUAUUCAUUGCGGGAAGGGAGCAGUGACAAAGUACGGACAGCUCUAACCAUUGAGGCUCGUGAAGAGGCCAGGAAGCAAUUUGACUCUGAGCGCCUUAAGCUUUUGCAAGAGAUCACUGAACUGAAGUCUGCCAAAAAGCAGGUGGACGAGGCCCUGAACAACAUGAUCCAGGCAGAUAAGAUUAAAGCUGGGGAUCUUCGGAGUGAGCACCAGUCCCAUCAGGAAGCCAUCUCAAAGAUCAAGUGGGAGAGUGAGAGAGAUAUUCGCAGGCUGAUGGAUGAGAUCAAGGCAAAAGACAGGACCAUCUUUUCCUUGGAGAAAGAGCUGGAGACACUGACGGGCUAUGUUCAAAAGCUUCAAUUGCAGAAAGAGGCUUUGGACGAACAACUCUUCCUAGUAAAGGAGGCCGAAUGUAACAUGAGCAGCCCCAAAAGGGAGAUACCAGGCAGAGCAGGAGAUGGUUCUGAACACUGCAGCAGUCCUGAUCUACGUAGAAAUCAGAAGAGGAUAGCAGAGCUCAAUGCUACGAUACGGAAACUUGAGGACAGGAAUACGCUGCUUGUAGAUGAACGGAAUGAGCUGUUGAAACGUGUUCGGGAAGCUGAAAAACAAUGCAAACCUCUCCUGGAAAGAAAUAAGUGCCUCUCUAAGAGAAACGACGAACUUCUGCAGUCAUUGCAGCGCAUGGAGGAGAAACUCAAGGCAAUUGCGAAGGAAAACUUAGAAAUGAAAGAAAAAAUGACAUCGCAUCCUCCUUUGAAGAAAUUAAAAUCUCUCAAUGACCUGGAUCAAGCGAAUGAAGAACAAGAAACUGAAUUUUUGAAGCUUCAGGUUAUAGAGCAGCAGAAUAUAAUUGAUGAGCUGACACGGGACAGAGAGAAACUUCGGCGACGAAGACCUAAAAGAGGUUCAAAAGUAAUCAAGAGGCAUAUAUUGGACACAGUCUGUGGAGUUGAUGAUGACUCCAUGGACUCUGAAACCUCAUCCAUGGCUUCAUUCAGGACAGACAGAACACCAGCAACACCAGAUGAAGAACUGGAUGAAAGCUUAGCAGCUGAAGAAUCAGAGUUGCGAUUUCGUCAACUAACAAAGGAGUAUCAGGCCUUACAGAGAGCCUAUGCAUUACUGCAAGAACAAGCAGGAGGCAUUAUAGAUGCGGAACGAGAAGCCAAGGCACAGGAGCAGCUCCAAGCUGAAGUUCAGAGGUACAAAGCUAAAAUAGAAGACCUGGAAAAAACACUGGCCCAGAAAGGACAGGACUCCCACUGGGUAGAAGAUAAGCAGCUCUUUAUUAAGAGAAAUCAAGAGCUUUUGGAUAAGAUAGAAAAACUGGAAUCGGAGAACCAUCGAUUGCAACAGGAACUGCAAGAUGCAAGGGAUCAGAAUGAGCUGCUGGAGUUCCGAAAUCUAGAGCUUGAAGAAAGAGAAAGAAGGUCGCCACCAUUCAAUCUGCAAAUCCACCCAUUCUCUGACGGUGUCAGCGCUCUGCAGAUUUAUUGCAUGAAAGAAGGUGUCAAGGAUGUAAGCAUUCCAGAUCUCAUAAAGCAGCUAGACAUCUUGGGUGACAAUGGGAAUUUAAGAAACGAAGAGCAAGUGGCUAUAAUUCAAGCUAGUACCGUAUUAUCCUUGGCAGAAAAGUGGAUACAGCAGAUUGAAGGGGCUGAAGCAGCUCUACACCAGAAGAUGAUGGAACUGGAGAGUGAUAUGGAGCAGUUCUGUAAAAUAAAAGGCUAUCUAGAGGAAGAACUAGACUAUAGGAAACAAGCUCUUGACCAAGCCUAUAUGAGAAUCCAGGAGCUUGAAGCCACCUUAUAUAAUGCUUUGCAGCAAGAAACAGUAAUAAAGUUUGGAGAACUGCUCAGUGAGAAACAGCAAGAAGAACUUAGGACCGCAGUAGAAAAAUUAAGACGGCAGAUGCUAAGAAAAAGCAGAGAAUAUGACUGCCAAAUCCUACAGGAGAGAAUGGAGUUGCUUCAGCAGGCACAUCAGAGGAUUCGAGAUUUGGAAGAUAAGACUGACAUCCAGAAGAGACAGAUCAAGGAUUUAGAAGAAAAGGCCAACUUGAGUUUCCCACAGGAGACUGCGGCAAUGUACUUGAGAAUGAUUCACCACGCAGAUAAGUCCUCAGAAGGGCCAAUGCUUCCAAACCACAAAGAAGAGAGCACUGUUUACAACCAUUUUAAAAGAAAGCAACACCCUGUAGCCGAGACCACUCCCCACCAUGAUGUUGUUUAAAGCCAUUAUUAUUGAAGAUCUGUUACUUGACAGUUCCUGUCUCAAGCUCAAAUAUAUGCUGCACUUAAUUAAACUCUAUAAGGGGGAGAAGCAUA